AUGGGCUCUUUAUUUCAAGGCAAAGUUUUGUUGCAUUAUUCAGACAAUUCGAAUGAUAUUGUUGACGAAGGGGAGUUAGAGAUAAUGCGCACACGUGCUGUCUCGACCAAGUACUCCAAUGUUUCAUUCACUUCACCCAUCGUUGAAAUUCCCGUUGGGCGAACACUUGGGAAGUAUUUUGUUCAAUACCUCCGUGACGAGCAAGUCAAAUUCAGUUGGUACACUCGCAACAAACAAGUCGACCUCUUUUUGGAGUUUCUGAAAUUUGGUUUAACCCUUAAGGAAGCCCUUUCCUACACGCAGGUGACCUCCGAAGUCUUUUCAUCUGUCUGUGGGAUGAAUCUUCAAUUAGUAUUAGACGCGGACAAAGACAAACAGUGUGAGGACAAUGUUCUUCCUGCUGUCAGCAAACAAGAUGGGUUAAAGGUUGCACAGUACUACUUCAAUGAAACUGACUUUUUGAAUGCAUUUUUAUCUGGUGGACUUACUGAGGCGAAGUUGGAUAAACGAAAGACACUUGGAGUGUCACCGACGCACUCUGGAAAGCAAUUUGUGAAUAGAAAUACGGCGACUGCUGUUGGUGAGAUUGUGAAGAAUGGGAAGACCCCCCUUGGUCUUAAAAUGUUGAAUUUCUUUCAAGAGUACACCAACCUUUCGGAAGAUUUGUUUGAGAAGAAUGUCCAGAUGCUUGCGAACAAAUGGAAGAGUGAAGGGAAUAAAGAGUUGUAUGAGUUGUGCAUGAAGUAUUGUGGAGCAUCGCAACAAGAACAACGUCCCGCAAUUACAAUAGCCGGCGAAAGUGUGACCCACGCCGUCUCUCCUCUUGCUCGUCCGACCUUCAAAACGUGUUCACCUGAGAAAAAAGAAGAAAAUGUCCAAUCAAACAUCGUCUUAGGCACAAACAAAAGCGCUGCGCUUAAUAUUCAAAACACACAACAAAGUGUUUCCCCAAGUGCCCCGAUUUCACAAAUCACAUUUCAAAAUCCAAUUCAAGGAAUCGACUUGGAGUUACUCAAAAAGUGGACGGGGAUGAGGAACUUGAGAGUCUUAUAUGACAAGAGUAUGCCAGAAGUUGAUAUCUUACAAUUUAAUACUGCUAUCUGUGGGAAAAAGAAUAUGAUGGUUAUAGUCAACGCAGAGGAUGGCUCUGUAUUUGGGUCGUAUUCGUCAAUAGAAGUGCCACCCCCAGUAAAUUGGAUUAAGAAAGACUCGGGGCAUUUCUUAUUUACUCUUGUGAACCACAAAAACAUCGAGCCAACCCGAUUCUAUCCACUGAAGCUUGGAAACUCGGUGUAUAUCUUCCAAAACGACUAUAUGAUAUCAGUAUUGGCAGUACAAGGCGCUUUCAAAAUUAACAUCAGAACUGAAUCGACUUUCGCUUCAAAAUUCCCAGUCUUCUACAACGACACGACAAAACUCGGAAAUGCUCUGUUUGUUGAUACACCAGAUAAAUUCGCGAUUAAGUCGUUACUCGUGUUGGAGUUCUUUUAA